UUUUAUAAGGGCUUGUAACCAAAGAAUUAUCGAUAUUUUAGAAAUUUGAAUUUUAUGACGAUCGUUACAAAAUCAGCAACUCAGAUAUUAUGUCGGACGGUGCAGGACCUUCCACCUCUCGUGUAGCCAUGUCGAUUGCUUUCAAACGAGCACGACGCAAGUUUCCCAAGAACUUCGGACUUUCUUUUAAUACUGACGAAACUCAUCAAACUGCCCAAAAUGAAGAUCUUCCAUUAGAUCUAAGUGAUAGCCCAGAACUGCCAAUAAAUUACAAUGACCGUGAAAAAGUAGUGUCGGAUCAAAUAGAGGAAUCACUAGUCAAUUCCUUGCAAGAGAUUGAAGUAACCGAUAAACGGGGAGCCACGUGUGAUCAAUAUGAUCGCCAAUCUAAAGAUUUCGAAAAUGUUGAUGGAGGCGACGGUGCACUGGUAGAUGCCAGACAAUCUGAUAAGGAAUGCGAUCGACAGUCAUCAAUCGACAAUAUCGUUGUUAACAAUAAGUAA